AACGGUUAUUUAUAGGUAAACGAGUGGUUGCGAAUCAGCUCGGAACUGCGCACUACAACUACAAGCACUCUCGAGGUUUUGUCUAGUCUAGAGCUUCUGCAACUUGGUCGUCACAGAUGGGACGAGCCUCGAAGACGUUGUCCCAGUCGUGUCUUAGAACUUGUACUACCAAUUCCGUUCGCAGGCGUCAUCGCUCAGGUUCACGAUUCGCACGAUGCCUUUUGCUUUCCAGCAUUCGUUUAACGAAUUUCUGCGUUAUUUCUCAGGCUUAAAACAAACAUAGCUCGUUUUUUUCGCACAGUUGUUGAAUAAAAGAUCAACUACCCUUGUAAUAUAAAUAUCUAACCACAUAGUAAUAGCAGAGAAAAUUAUGUGAUGAGCAUAUUAGAAUUUUUUUUUUUUUUUUCAGAAACUCCAUCUCUUACGUGAACGUACAAAUGACACUCUUGAAGAAUCUCGAUUGUUUUAGUGGUCCUCGGUUUCCAUUUAGAUCUUAGGCCUACGCACUUGUAAUAUGUGAAAACUCAUGAAUGUUGUUUGUUUGAAGCCAAGUUUAGCAAAUUAAUUACAUUGAAAUUUGAUAACAUUAAUACAUGACUGAUAAGCUUAUCAAUUUUAACAGCAAUUAAAAGAACCUCACUUGUUAGUUAUACCUUGUACUAUCCUAACUAAUGAUCGACUGUUUGAGACAAAUUCAGCAGAAUCCUUGCUUGUUUCAGCACAGGAAUUUUAGGAGUUUAAUGCUACAGUGUUAAAAUACAAGAUUCAAGCAUUAUUGCGUUGAUUUUUAAAAACUUUAUUAUAUAUGUGCGAGAUCGGUGAAACUAUAUGAGAAAGUGUAUUAACAAUGUGGGUAAUUCGUUACCUGAGAAUUUUCACAGUCCUUUAUCUCCUUGUACUACGCCUAACAACGAACUGUUCAAAGACAGAAAGGGAUGACAUUGACGAAUCGAUGGUGCUGUUUCACUCGCGUAUCCCAAAUCACAACGACCAGAUUCAUCCCACGAAUGCAUCCGCUGUCCUUCCUGGGGCUCCCGUACCUGGGGAUACCUCUGAGCAAGUAGAUAAGGACAGUCAUGACCUCUUUCCACCAUCAUACGACAGAUUUGCUGUUCCCAUACCCCCUGGAGGAGAUGUUCUGCCUGUGGUGUUCAGUGUUAAAGUGCGGGACAUUUUUGCCAUCAAUGAAGUUUCUAUGGACAUCACAUUGGAGUGGUACAUCCGAAUGUAUUGGACUGACCAUCGUCUUCAACCUCCUUUAAAAUCCUUCCGAGAGUCAUCACCAUGGAUUAACAUUGACCCGGCACAUACAAGUCGGAUGUGGAUACCCACUGUGUAUAUAGAUCAUGCCAAGGAAAUCACCAUGCCUUCAUUGCUGGUCCUCCCUCGCUCUCUUAGGAUAACCAAACAAGGCCUUAUGCGAUAUUCUACUUCAGUCAUUACCAAGAUAGCUUGCCCCAUGGACUUCACAGCAUAUCCCUUUGACAAGCAAGUUUGUUUCAUGAGACUGGAGGGUUAUCAAUACAGAACUUUCGAGGUGGAAUACAGCUGGCAUGAAACUGGAAUCCAGAUCAGCAACUCGCUCCGGACAGAUCACUUUACAGCCAACUUCCACAUCGAUGGAAAUGAAAGAGUUCAGCACGAAAAUUCAGCAACUUUCCCAUCGGUGCAACUGAGGAUCAGCUUGUAUCGGAAAAUGAGCUACCAUGUCAUGAACACUUACAUCCCCUCAGGCUUGUUUGUGAUUGUAUCGUGGCUAACCUUCUUCAUUCCUGUUGAGGUGGUUCCAGGCAGAAUGGUCUUGACAAUAACAACUCUUCUGACAAUGGUCUCCAUGUUUAGCACUGUAAGGUCUGAAUCUCCAAAAGUGUCUUAUGCAAAAGCUAUUGAUAUGUGGAUGUUUUUCUGCAUCAUACUGGUAUUUACUGUACUAGUGGAAUACACAUUUGUAGUCUACCUUCAUUUCCGAGCUAAGAAAGUUGAGAUGGGGCAGGUGAAACCACAGGCCUUCGUGGAAUCUUUCAACAAGUCCACAAAUGUUGCUAGUGAUCAGGCUUCUGUUACAGUCAAUGGAACAACCAGUGAGGAUAAGAAGAAAAAUCUCUAUGCUGUUUGGGAGGUUCGGCUGGAGAGGUACACCAUUGUCUUUUUAUCAUCAGUAUUUUUUAUCUUCAAUUUCACUUAUUGGCCAUUUUGGUUAUCAUAUAGAAUACCAGAGACAUCAUUAUACUGAAGACUUUGUACAGACCUGGAAAUUUUCAGUUAAAUAUUUACAGACUGCACCUAAUUAAUUCUUUAGGGUUUAGAUUCUGUAGAGCAGUACAUACUAUUCUUUAUCCAAAAUUAACUGCUACUAAAACGUGAAAAUCUACUGUCUUUGGAUAGCAAACGCACAUCUAACCAUUAUGGCACAUUUUAGUGUAAUUCUGAGUAAUCUGCUGUUAAGUGCAUUGUUUGUUUGUGUGCUUGUUGCCUUUGAUGAGUUACGUGUGUUGAUGUUUCAAGAUUUUGGAGUUUGCACUUUCUUAGUGCAAUGGGAUGUUGAUACUGCAGCUUUGCUAGAGCCAAGUUCUUAUAAUAGAGUAUGUACUAAGUAGAGACUUUUGGUAAAAGUGAAUGCCUCAAAAAUCACACCAAAGCAUGUAAUUCGAGGGAUAAUCCUUCUCGAAGGAAUUGAAAUCCAUUGUCGUAAAAAACAGAAACUUACCUUAUUUCAGUUAGGUAAUGCAUCUCUAUCCAAAUUGAGUUCUUGUAUGUGUUAACAAAGGUUAUGAAGUAUUGUACAAAUGCUUUUAAAAUGCAUCAGUCGUAAGAUUAUGAAGUAUAGUACUGUACAAACGCUUUAAAGAAACUUAUGCUAAUGUUUCAAUUCAGUUUGCAGUGUAUAAGAAUAUACUUAAGCCAUGGAUUGCAUGUAUCCUUGGACAAAAUAUAAGGAGAAAAUGUUAUCUUUACUCAGGUAUAUUAUUCAUAUAAUCAUUGUUUAACUUUUUCUUAAGCUGCUGUCAGUAUGAAGCAUACGGGUGAGUGUAUAGGAACGAAUGAUCCAUAUAGUUUGCCAAAUGUAAGAAAGGUUCAUACUACAGGAAUUAAGAUAGUGUACCAUUUUACUAAUUCUUUUUACCUUAUAACUGGUAACAUUGUUACUUUACUCACUAACAGUAUUACAGAACGUCACAUUUUGAAAUCAUAUAUAGUUUUGUAUUGAUGGUCCACCAACAUUUACCAAAUGUAAUGUAAAAUAAAAUAGAAAAAAAGCAUUCUCAACAUCUUAGCUAAGUGUGAUAGAUGCAUGGGUGAAUUACACCCUGUACAUGUACAUGUUAGAAAUGACAAAUACCUAAACCAGUUUUUAGUGCAUAACUUCAUCUAGAAUAAUCACAGCAGUUUUGAGCCAUAUUAGGUUCCCUUACAGGUGAGAAUAAAUACAGAAAAUAUAUA